CGCGCCCAAGGUGAGGAGGAAGCGUCACCCGGAAGUACUGUGUAUAGCACCAAACAACCGAGCAGCUGUCUACUUGUCUGCAGCUGGUUUUUAUUUUAUUAUUCUACAUCAAAUCCCGAUCGGCUCUCAGUGCUGAAAUGCAACGGGACCUCGGGAUCUCCGGUCGCACGUAAAGCCCGCGAUGCCAGCAGACGAAACGGUGUGUUUAUAACGUGUUGGAGUGCUAGCUACUUAGCCCAGCGUUGCUAUCCAGGCCACAGGCAAACAUCAUUUCAUUUGCGUUCACGUAGAUGUUAUGGUAGCCAGGAAGGACGCUUAAACGGGAAUUCCUUGUUUAAUGAGAGCCAGAUCGUUGACUUUAGCUACAAAAACAACGUUGGUGGCAUGUUAUGCACAAAUAUCCACUGCAAGUGAAAGAGAACUUAAAGUUAAGGCUGGUAGCUUGUAGCGUUGGUGAAGAGCUUGGAAGCCCUGCGAGAAGUGUGCAGCGAUGGACGACUUCAUCUCGAUCAGCCUGCUGUCCCUGGCCAUGUUGGUGGGCUGUUAUGUCGCCGGGACAAUUCCUCUAGCGGUCAACUUUUCAGAGGAGAAGCUGAAGCUGGUGACGGUGCUCGGCGCGGGCUUGUUGUGUGGGACCGCGCUUGCCGUCAUCAUCCCUGAAGGCGUGCACGCUCUUUACGAAGAAAUCCUAGAAGGUGCCCACCACGAGGCGGGCCAGGUCGGGGCGGUGGAAGGGCUGGACACCAAGGGGGCGUCAGACGUGGUUCUGGUGUCGGGCGGCGAGCAUGGCCACGGUCACGGCCACGCCCGCGGCCCCGACUCGCUGCACGCCUACAUCGGCGUGUCGCUGGUGCUGGGCUUCGUCUUCAUGCUGCUGGUGGACCAGAUCGGCAGCUCCCACAUGCACAGCAGCGACGCCCAGGACCCUGAGGCCGCCCGCAUCGCGUCCUCCAAGAUCACCACCACCCUGGGCCUGGUGGUGCACGCCGCAGCUGACGGAGUCGCCCUAGGGGCAGCAGCAUCCACCUCCCAGACCAGCGUCCAGCUCAUCGUGUUCGUGGCCAUCAUGUUGCACAAGGCCCCGGCGGCGUUCGGCCUGGUCUCCUUCCUGAUGCACGCUGGUCUGGAGAGGAACCGGAUCCGGAAGCACCUCCUGGUCUUCGCCCUCGCCGCGCCCGUCCUCGCCAUGCUCACCUUCCUGGGCCUCAGCCAGAGCAGCAAGGAGGCGCUGUCGGACGUCAACGCCACGGGCGUGGCCAUGCUGUUCUCCGCCGGGACCUUCCUGUACGUGGCCACCGUCCACGUCCUGCCCGAGGUGGGCGGGACCGGGCACAGCCACGCCCCCUCCCCCGCCGCCGGGGGCAACGGGGGGGGCGGGAAGGGACUGAGCAAGGUGGAGGUGGGGGCGCUGGUGCUGGGCUGCCUCAUCCCACUCGUCCUGUCGGUGGGACACCACCACUAAGGGCAGGACCCCCUCCCCCCUCCCCCCUCUCCCCAAGACCACCAGACCGAUCGGACCCAAAGGACUCUCUGGAGCACUUGUGGCUCCUCCCCCCCCCCCACCCCCUUCUUACUCCUCAGACCCUCCCCCCUUUUUGCGUUCUCCUCUCCUGUCGAUAGACUUGUUGGUUCAAGCCGGCCCCGGGGGUCGUGUGGGACACCUGGUGGCCCGGAGGGGAACUGCGACGGAUUACUGCACCGUCCGCCGUAGCGUGACGUUGUGACGAUGCCACGCGUCUGGUCUCCACGGUCGCCGCCCCGCACAGGUGGCCUGCGGUCGCUGCUAGUCUCCAAGGCCGCACGUCGUCCAUCUCUGAGUCCGUCUGAAAUCUAGAUUUGUUUCUCGUCUUCUUCCGGCCGGUCGGUCCGUGCCAUGUGACCGUUCUGUUUCCGCAGGGAACGAUGACUUUGUCGUUCUUCUUCGGUUUCGCCCGCGACCGUCCCAGCGGAGGUCGUCCCGGAUAUGGAGGUGCAGCUCCGUGACAACAGAGGUGUCGCGGAGCGGUUACGGGAAAAGCAGCUGUAAAUGUUUUCUAUGGGUUGUACAGACCGGGGUUGGAACUAAUAUCCUAUGUGGGGGGGGGGGGCUUAGGGGGGUUAGUUGUAGGCUUAAUCGAAUGUGUAAGUGCCAUAGUAUCUGUAGGAAAUCUCUUUGAGACGGUUCUCUUCGGGCAGACGGCCUAGUUGCGGGUCAAAGGUGAUUUAUGUUGGAUAUCUUUUUUGAACCAAUCAAGUCGUUUGUUGUGUCCGAUGAUCCCACCCACCCCACCCCCAUUGGUGGACGGACCACAUGUCCUCCUGUACUUGGGUCCCAUGUUGGGAAGAAACGUCUCGUUUUCGGGGCGGGUCUGUCUGCAGGCCGACCUGCGGAUGAUAUUACUGAGUGAGGGGGUCUGUUGUUUACGUACCUCGCUUCACUGUGUACUCCAACGGAAGCAGCCAAACACGUCUCCAUCUCCCCAUGGGGAACUUGAUGUGCUGGUUACAACGGUAGCGUUACGGGGACACACUUAACAGAUUAGACUAUCAGGAUCCCUAUAACCAAACCCAUGGAAGACAUCGGUCGCUGGUGACGUCGUCAUCACUACCGACCGACACUCUUACGUCACUGACCCACUGUGUCGUCAUCAUGCACGUCACAGUGUCGACAGACAGACGGACGGACAGAGACACACGCACACAGAGACACCCACACACAAACACACACAAGAUGGGGAUACGGGCCUGAUUUACCUUAGUGGCCAUCCUGGUUCUAGCUGGGUGCGUGCGUUCACCCUGCUAGCUGCCAGGUGAUUGGGGCCAACUCCGGCCAUGUUUGUACGUUGUACAUGUAUGUAAACUGUAUAGAAUGGGUCUUUUGUUUUCUGCUGUCCUGUUUUCCAUACAUGACCAGUUGGGGAAAUGCCUGGGCUCACCUUAGUUUAAUUAGUUGUCAUCACAGCGAGGGACUUGUGAGUGCGCAGGAGGGAAAAGGGUCUUUGAUAACGAGGAGGACAUGAGGCACUCAUCUUAAAAAGGGUUUUAAGUGUAACUUGAUGUUAGAUGAUAUUCCUUUUUUUUUUGGAAAUAACCGUUUUUCAGGAACCUGGUUUGACGCAUGCAGAUUCUCUUGCUGCAUGGUUCUCUUUUCUUUACAAUAACUUUAUUUACAACUACUCAGUGACGUAUUGAAGACGGACUGUGGGAAGGACAAAAUGGCUGCCCGUGACGGCAGCAGCGGCAGACGAUUGGCCCCUUUCUUUAGGCCAAUCAGGGACAGACGAUGUUCUUCACAGGCCAAUCAGUCGGCAUCAUGUAAACAAAACAACAACGUCGUCUUCGACUAAUCAAAUGACUUUUUCCCCAGCCGUGGUCAGAAUGUAACGGGGGUCUCUGUAUGGGCGGUCCUAGAGAUAGGGGUUAAUGUCAUAGAAACAGACCUAGUGGUGCAUGGUCGGUCGGUUGUGGGGGUUCUGGGGAGAGCUCCGUCGCGGGAUGAUGUCACACGAGGGGGGGGGGAUUGUCUUCUCUGUCAUUCCUUUAUGAAUUCUGCCUUAUUUCCAUUUUCCUUCUGAUUGUGAGAAAGUUGUAAAGCAACGUGUUUUAUGACUAUUAAAGCUUUUUUUGUUUUACUUUGUU